AUGCACCCUACAGCAGCACGAUCCAGUCGAUCAUCUUUACAAUCCUCCGUCCCGUCCACGUCCGCGCCAUCGCCGCUCCGGCAUCCGCAACAGCAACAAAUUCUUUAUGGUCCAAUCGUUAAUCCGAUGUUAACCCUUCAGCCGUGCGGAACUGGUUUGCAUCCAUCGUGUAUUUAUCCAGGAGCACAACGUAACGCUAAUCUACCUAGCCCUGUUCCUCUCCAAAUACAAGGCAAAAGCAACAGAUGGCUACCCAAGAAUAAACUCGUCCGAAAUCAGCAAUAUUGUCAACAGCAACAGCAGCAGCAACAGCAGCACAUUCAGCAACAACUGUCCUACAACUUGAAGCCACUGGUCCUGUACGAUCAAACGACGAACAACGGUCCGCCACCAGCACCAGUGACUUCGUUUUUAGUUGCUUCCUCGACGUACACUCAUGGCUCCUACUCCAGCGACCAGUACAACAAUUCCGGAGUCGCCUUAAUACCCCAGCCCUACUACAAGCCCCCGGAUGUGCCUGCCUACUGCGUAAUCCAAGAUCAACAGAACACUCAGCAGCCACAACCGGAGCAAACGCCCUACUACAACAUCUCGAAUUCGAACAGCUGCAACCUGCAAACCGUUAACGCCCAUUCGACGUAUCAGUUUUCCAAACUUGGCCCUUAUGCGCCCACGAGUUUCACGAACAACCAAAUCACGGGACCCGUCCAGAUCGUGCAGUCUCAAACCGUUCCAAACCCUCCAGCGAGCAUUACCUACGGCGACACACAGAAGGACAAGUCGUCCACGCUCGACGUAUCAGCGUUCAAAUGUUCCAAAAGCAAAGUGACCACUGUUAACGACUCUCAGAUAGCACCGAUCGCGUCCGAAAGCUACACCGAGUGGCCGUUUCAAACGAUCAGUUCCGCGGGCAGCAGCCUCUUCGACGCGAAGCCUGUCGCCGAUGACGCGAACCAAGAAGCAGCCGCGAAUUCUCUGGAGAAGACGAUCCAGAACGUAUCCGUUAAAACGCAAGAGGAGCAUUACUCCGACGAGUCCUCCGCCAGCUUCGAUUUCACGAUCGAGGCCGAGAAAAUGGUGUCUGCGCUGUGCAACACGUCCCCGAACGACCUUUGCAAAGAGGAGAACAAAGCCAAGCCAAGCUCGACGCCGUUGUUCAGCGGCGCUGGCGACACGAUCUCGAACAAGAACGACUGGUUCGCGGAUUUUUGCGCGAGUUACGGUACCUGCGCGUCGGUGGCGAUACAAACGGACGAGCCAGGCUUGGAUGGUACCCAGUACCCCGAAUUGUUACGAAAGAUCGUUUAUUGGGGAUGCACGGAGGCGGAAACGGUCUUGAACGACAGUUCCAAAACUAAUCACAGGUCGGGCUGGUUGAAGAACCUGUCCGCUGCCACUAAAACUGCGAUCACCAAAUCGUCCACCUGCUUCCCAAUUUUCGCCGGGGACCAUGUCUUCGUCGGCGACCUGAUAAACGCGUUGCUGCGCAUCAGCAACGGCUGGCUGAUCCUCGACAACUACUUGAACAAGCAGCACUAUCCGAGCCUGGGCGAGAAGUUCGAUCAGGAGUUGAUCAGGUGCUUUCAGUCGUGGGAGAAGAACACGCACGAGCUGCUCGACCAGAUCGUCCACACGUUCCUGAAGAUCAGGGGGAACAGCGAGGCCGCCAACGUCGAGCACAAGUCGGAAUCUUUCGGGACGUUCUUUCCAGGUGACGUGUCGGUGUACACGAAUUGCGACCUGUUCGAUCCAUCGCCGAACGUCGGAGGUCUGCGAGGCCACUACGAUCAGGAGAAACAGUUCCCGCGGAAGGAGUCCAAGUCGCGAAGUAAGUGGACAGUUGCCAAGAACCUGACGACGGUAGACAGCUCGAAAUCCAUGCCCACUAUGUUCCUAGGACACGCGGAGGUUGGCGUUAAAACGAACGGAAGGUUCCGGUCACGCGGUGGCUCGUCAUCCGCGAAGGUGGACGCCUCGGCGCAAUCCCUGAACGCGGAAUUCUUUCAUCUGCGCAGCAAAGUGCUCACGGAGAACAGCCUAGACUAUUCCAGACAGUGGACGUUCAAGAAGAAGCAGCAAGAGUACUUGGAGGACAAACGCACGCCUCGCGAGAACAACGAGUCCGUCUACAGACUUCGGAGACAAUUGGACGAGAAUUACGAGAAGAAUUACGCUCAGAAGUGCCUGCCGCGCGUGCAGUCCUCGUUUCUGAACCCGUCGAUCAGCCUGGAGUCCAUGUACUUCACCUCUAACAACGAGCCCGAGAACUUGGAGCCUAGUUAUUCCGUUUGCCCCUCGUACUCGGUGGAUUACGGCGAGAAAAGUUUGAAGAACUUCGAUCAGAGCCAGGGCAACAAAGCUAAUGUGGACUUGGUAUACGUUGGCAAGUCGUCGACGAAUCAGAUGGAACUGGCGACGGUGCCCAAGGACAAGAUGACGUUGCUCAGUCAGAUCGAGCCUAGCGUUCCGGAGAAGUCGUCCGAGGAGAUGACCGCCAAUCUGUCAGCCUGGUUCGCCAGUAUGAGGAACCCCGACAGUCGUCAGAUGCCGUUCAUGAAUCUCGGUGAACAGAAGGCUGGGAACGUCGUGCCGCGUGUGCAGUCGCAGCAAGAAAUGUCGAAGAACACGAUGGACCUCGGGAACUGCAUCAGGCAGCUGCAGAUCGACGCGAACCGUCAGUUCCAGACGCUGCAGAACAUGCAGAGUAUUCAGAGCGCGCCGUGGAACGCGUACAACUUGAUCAACAAUCGUGUCCAGGCGCAACAGAUGCCCGAGGAGUACGAUAGUUCCGAGGAUGGUCGAGUGUACAUGAAACCAGGAAGCUACAACGUUCCGAAGAAAAGGCACCAAAGACGAUCCAACCGUCGCGCGGACAACUCGGCGGGUCGGAAUCUAACCAACGCGCAUCGAAAUCACUACUUCAAUAAGGAGAAACUGUUUGGCGCGAUGGCGUCCUCGACGCCCGAGUCCCGAACCGCGACAACCACCGGUUUCUCCGACGCCAACGAUCCCGCGAACGCGACGAUCAAGCUACCUUUUCCAGCGACUCCCAUCAUACCGCCCCCGGCUUUCUCUCUCGAAAAUUCGCCCAGAAUUUUAAAACGCUCCGACGCGUCCAACUUUGCCGGACCCGAGGACAUCACUUGGCGAGCAGCUUGCGCCUCGGCUGAGAUUUUGUUGGAAGCGUUGACCGUGAAAGACAACACCGAUGUUGACAGGGAGAAAACCGAUCCCAACGAGGAGCAGGAAUACGUUAAAAGCGACGACGCGACGCAUAAUCAGGAAAAAUUACAGAAAGGUUUCACGAAAACAGCGAAGGAUGGCAACGACGACUGCAAUGGCGCCUCUAGCUACGAAGCGUCCGAGGACGAUUCAGGAUCUACCUGCCGUUUCUCCCCAAAUGCCAGCGCCAAUGAAUCUUUACAGUCGUCUGAGAAUAAAAAUGGUUCUAGUAAAACGAACGUAAAAACGGACUCGUGGUUAAUCAGAACUUUGAACAUGGCGAACAAGCAGAAACGCCAGGGAAACAGUUCCGACAGACGCAGUUCGGGUUCAUCGAACAGUUCGAUGACGGGAGAUAUACAAACGAUUCCCGCCAUGUCGUUGGCGGCCGCUGCAACGACGGUUAAGAGUAUUCAACAGACGAGCUGCAUCAGAAAAAGCUCGUGCACCAUUUCGAAUAACGAUCGAACGAUGUCCGAGGAAUUCGAACGGGUCGCGGGAAAAGCCACUUAUUCCGAAACCGUGAGACGCUGCACGCCGUUGAGCGCGUCGCAGUCCGAGAGAAAAGAGUUUUGCAAAAAAGGCAAAUUAUACGCCGCUAACGCAACGGCGGUCUGCAAUUCGGUGGUACCGAUUUCUGGACGCAGGUGUCAGAAAAAGGACUCCGAGAAAUCGUAUUACCUGUUGCACAACAGAUCGCGCAAAUGUUCGGGUAAAAAGGCGGCGAAAAGUUGCGAGAUCGCCAAUCAGCAAACGGACGAAGCGUCGUGCACCAAAUCCAAGUGUUCCCGGAACGACGCGACGAAAGAGAACCUGGUUGUUCCGUCCUCGACGUCGCAGACCGCCAUUACGACGAAACACGGGAAGAAAAAGGAUGGCUCCGGAUGCGUGGAAUUCUUGGACGGAAAAUUCAGCGGGAAGACCAGCGAUCGGGGCUGGUCCGUGUGGUUCAGUUCUAAAAGGAAGCAGAGUCUCAGUCCCCUUGCCCUCAGCAAGCUGGAGAUGAUUCAUCGAACCGUUUGGCAAAUGGAAGAAGCGGAAAUCUUUAAGUGCCCAUCCUCGGGAGACAGCGGCGGCAGUCAGUCCUCCGCGCACACGAUUGAAGACUAUUGUACGGUCAUCAAAAGUCCAAUGUUCCUUGAAACCGUCGAAUACAAUCUGAAGAAUCGAGUUUACCAUAAAGUAGAACAUGCGGUUCAAGACUUUCGUCGCAUCGUUUACAAUUCAAAAUUAUAUCACAAGAACGAUCAUAAUCGAGUGAAAACGAUCGAAACGCUGUCGAGGAAACUGGAGGAAUUGUUCGAGGAACAUUUCGCUAGUUGGGACUUCGAUAAUAUUAGCGGUAGCCCGAGGGAAGUUUCGCCAGUGUUGCAUCGAUUUAAGUCGACUGGAAAAAAGACAUUAACCGGACGUUAUGGUAACGCGAAAAAAAGUCCGUCUUCUUUGGUCGUGGAAAAUGUUUAA